AUGAGAGAAAUCGGGACGGAAUGCAGUCGUAGAUACGAGAAUGAUAAUUCUCCGACCAGGGGUAAAAAGGCUUCUAGAACGACGGUUGAAACUCUGCGGGCCGUGGACGACACGGUGGAUGGCUGCUGCGACGCAGAGAGUUCUUUAGUGGGCGACGGCGUGCUCGUUUCCCCCACAGACACGCAAGCGCUGCUUGGGGUUAUCAUUGUCGCAUGUGUCUUCUGUUCUUCGAGACUCAGGAGAUCCCUCAAUGCAUCGCUAGCAUCUCCCUUCCGCACUGGCCAUCCGAGAUCCUCGUUGGGCUUUACGUUCUCUUCUUCUUCUUCUUCUUCUUCUCCUUCUUCUCUCCUUUUAUUAUUAUUACCAUCACUACCUCCACUUCCUCGGUUGUUUCGCUGCGCUGCACAGCUUCACCUUCCUUCGCCAGCUCAGCAACCUGCAUCUUCAUUGAUUGACGACUCGUUUCCAUCCAUAUAUUUAUAUAUCCAGCUAAUAUUCAUUAUCUACACUGGAUAA